AUGGAGGAACCAUAUGAUUCAUCACAUAUGAAGAUGUUAACGUUUGCUGAAAUGGUUGUUGGAAAGAAAUUUUUUAGAACAACCAUUGAUUUGAAAACGCUUCCAAAACCAACAGUUGAGGAAGGAAAACCGGCUUUGGUUAUCCCUGAUGCUUUGUUCCGCAAGGGUUGUGAGAUCUGGCAAUAUAGUCUCAUUGGGAGACUGGAUUUUAAAGAUAUCAAUUUUGGUGAUGUAAAGAAAUCUCUUGAAGAACAAUGGAUGCUAGGAGUAGGUAAAGUAAAGUUUGUACCAAUGAGUAAAGGAUUUUUUAUCAUCAAGUUAUCAUCCUUGGAAGAUAAGAUGAAAGUUAAUCGAAAAGAACCAUGGUUUUUUCAACAACAAGUUCUGAAAUUGCAGGAAUGGUUCCCUAGUUUUGAUCCAACAAAGCAGAAAACAUCCCAUGCUACUGUAUGGGCAAAGUUUCCAGGUUUGCCGGUAGAACUAUGGACAGAAGAAUCUCUAUUAGCAAUUGCUCAAACCCUAGGUACACCUAUUGUGGUUGAUUCUAAAACUCUAAAUCAUGAUUAUGGAUAUUUUGCUUCUGUCUUAAUUGAUAUUAAUUUUGUUGAAUCUGUUGCAACGGAGAUUAUUCUCACGUCUGGGGGGAGAAAAUUCCCACAAGUUGUUGAGAAUCCAAAGAAACCUUCAUACUGCAAGCAUUGUUCCAUUAUUGGGCAUGCGUAUGAAGACUGCAAAAAUGCUCGUAAGGUCUUUAAUAAGGAUCCGAAGAAGCAGUCAAAUACUCAAGUGAAUAUUGGUCAGCACGGUAAAAAGAGGAAUCAAGAGCAGCAAGCGAAGGAACUUAACAAACAACAACAACAAAAAGGUGUAGCCGGUACGUCUAGCAAUAGGGAGGAUACUACAGCUAAUGAGAAACAAAAUGGAUCGAUUAUUCUGCCGGCACCCCAUGCAAAUCAUGCAAUAGUAGUAAACAGGUUGGAGUCAACUGGUGCUAAUGUGGUUAAUCUUCUAUGGGUAUUGGUGAGGUGA